AACAAACGUAAAUAACGCCCACUGACUGCUGACACCAAGGAUUUCUCAAGGUCCUCAGGCGUCUGUCCAUUCUGUCCAUCUUCAUAGUCAACCUUGCUCAAAUUUUGCGGCGUGGGGCACCGCUGGCUUCCCCUGCGAAGCUUUUUUCGUGUCCGAAGUCGCGCUGGUAGCUUUUGCUCUGCAAAAAGGAACAUGCUAGCAUCACCACUGUACCCCACGUCCUCCUUUGCUCCUCAGCUUGCAUCCGAUGAUCAUUCCCAAUUUCGCCCUGCCAGAGACAUCGAAGCUUUCAAUAGCUUACUUCCACCGCCGAUCGAAUUCGUAGAAGGCUCAUCUUCUGGCGCUCUCGCAGUCGCGGAGGGUAAGUAUGAGCCUAUCAAUGCCACACCGAAGGCAUCGCAAAAUAAUGUUCGCGAACGUCCUCGAACACCCUCCGCUCCCCUAAUUUCGCCCUCAAAACAAACGACGUCUCCCUCGUCAACGAAGCAUGGCUCGUUAUUCACCGGAGUCCUCGACUUUUCAUGGCCUUGGCCUGCUGGUCACAAUAUCGGUAACGGCCUUCAUAAUACGGGGAAUACAUGCUUCUUGAACAGUGCUUUGCAAUGUCUUCUCCACACGCCUCCCCUCCUCAAUGUCUUAACGGCGCACUCAAAGUCUGACCCAUGUGAGGAUAAUCUUGAUAACUAUCAGUCAAUCUUACUCUGGUAUGUAGGUCGAGUAAAAGGGGGCUUUUGCAUGUCAUGUAGUCUUCGACAAGUGAUGCUUGACUCCCAUCAGAAGAAGCAUUCUUCCACGCCGUACGGCAUUGUCUCGAAGUUGCACAUCAUUGCAAAACACAUGCGGAAGGGCAGGCAGGAGGAUUCUCAUGAAUUCCUUCGCUAUGCCAUCGACGCUUUACAAAAAUCAUGCCUAGCUGGUUACCCACAAAAAAUCGAUCCCAAACUUGCGGAGACCACCUGGGUUCACAAGAUAUUCGGCGGUCGGCUUCGGUCACGAGUGACAUGCAAAGAGUGCCACCACAACAGUGACACAUUUGAUAGCAUGUUGGACGUGAGCUUAGACAUAUAUGGCUCAAAUAGUGUCAGAGACGCUUUUCGGAAGUUUGUCGCUGUCGACUAUCUUAAAGGGUCAGACAAAUAUAAGUGCGAAAAGUGCAAGAAGCCGGUCGUUGCCGAAAAGCGGUUUACCAUUCACGAUGCGCCUGCAGUGUUGACUAUCCACCUCAAGCGCUUCUCGCCGCUCGGUCGGAAGAUCGGACAUUUUGUCCACUACGACGACCGCAUCACCCUGAAGCCGUUCAUGAGUGAGGGUCAAUUUGGCCCAACAUAUUCAUUAUACGGUGUCAUUUGUCAUGCAGGCGGGGGGCCAAAUUCGGGCCACUAUUAUGCCAUGGUCAAAGGUGCCAAUGGUAUAUGGUACGAGAUGAACGACGACAGCGUAUCACUUCACCGUGGCACCCCUGGCUCUCUGAAGAAUGCAUAUAUGCUGUUUUACAUCAGGGAGAAAGGCCAAUCUCUCGAGGCUGCCAUCACUCGCCCCUCGAUGACUCCCCGGAAUGUUGUUGCCGGAAUGAAGAAGAGGAAAGCUGUAGAUUCUGAAGACGACGGCGGUGACGACCUUGGUGUCAAAACUGACCGACCAUUCAUCGGGCCUCUCCUCCCUUCCCCAAUGGCGAAUGAUGCGGAGGUACAUAAAAAGCCUAAAAUCGAUGACAAGGAUCCUCAGGCUGAGAGCAUCAAGAAGAAAAUUGAGGCCGUUCACAAGGUUCCUAGCACGAGCACGAGCACUGCCCUCACGAGCCUCUCGCAAUACAAUGACGAUGACGACGACAGCGAAUCGCCAGUUGGAACUCCCAUUGACCUUAAGCCGCCUUCAAGCACCACUGAGUCACUCACCACUGCUUCACCGCCUCCCCCUGGUCCUCCUACAUCACCUCCGCCUCCCAUUUCCAGUACCUCAUCCAUUAGCUCCACACAACUAAACAGUACCCCUUCAUCGGGCAUUCCGCCAAGCAACUUCUAUGCCUCGUCAUCAAAGAAUAACGAUAAGAAGCGCAAAUCGCCAGAUUACGAUGACGAUGACGAGCAGACGCCUCGGAAGCACUACGCCCGCGUACCCUUGCAUACCCAAUCUUCCAGGCAACCACACAGUCGCCGGAAGUCAUCGUUUGGCGGUGGUGCUGUUAAUCCUUACAGCAAGCUAGCAGGAAGUAACACCCUGCACCAACAUCGAUCGGAUAGUUGGCAAAGACCUCCGCAACAGUAUGGUAAGAAGAAGAAAAGGAUGAUCAUGUAGACCAGUUGUUCUUGGUAUCAAUCCUAGAGUAUAAGCUCACAUCAUAUGUUCACGACCCUGUACUGAAGGUCAAGAAAGCUCUCUACUACAGCUUUGCUUUUAUAUUAUCAGAAGAGAAAGUCACAGACUUUGCAUUGCCUUCCUGUCCGUCUUCCCACCAGACAACAGUCACGGUGGUGUCAUCUCGAUAGCUCCUGGCAAGCGGAGCAGGUAUGCUCAUCAGCUUCCUCAAAUCCUCAGCAUCACCUCCACCAAAUGCAUUCCGGAUUAAAUGUGAGCUGAUGUUCUCUUCUUCAAACGACCAGGAGC